AUGCUCGCAGAACAACUACCUGAAACAAAUUCUAGAUACACACAAAAUAAUGGACAUGAAUUACUCCAUGGUCAAGGACAUGAACUGCUCCACCAACACGUAACCGCUGGGCACGUCUCACAACCAAAUGUGCGUACUUCGUAUGUUCAUCCGAAAUUUGAGUCUCGCUCGGAAGUCGGAAAAUUGUUGGCAAAGCUAUUAAGAUAUUACGCAAACCAUGAUAAUACUGUUGUAUUCUCUAUAAAACCGGAGGCAACAUUUGUCGCAUAUGAAAUCGCCAAAGACUUAAAUCUGCCGCUUGAUUUGUUUCUUAUUCGGUUAUUGAAAAUUGGUGGCUUAACUUUUGGCGCAAUUUCCAAUCGAUUACAAGAAGAAGUUAUGUUGAAGGAUCAAAUUGUUCGGGGAAGUGAUAUUUCACAAGAAACAAUUGACAACCUUGUCGCACAAGAGCGACCCGAACUACAGAAUCUAAUCAACAAAUACUCACCAAAAGGACUUUCGAUUCCAACCGGCGAAAAUGCAACAAUAAUUUUAGUCACCGAUGGCAUUCAAACCGGACAAAAUGCCCGAGCAGCGAUCACUAUCCUGAAAUCGAUGCUAGGGUAUCAAGGUAAAAUCGUCUUGGUUGCCGGUGUGAUUGGAUCUGAUGCGCAGAAAACGUUUUUACAUGAAGUGGACGAUGUUGUGUCGUUGAAAGGGCCGCAAAUUGUGGGGACUGUCGCCUCUUGGUAUCAAAACAACGAGCAAGCAUCUGACCAGGAAAUAAAAAGUAUUUUGCAAAUAUAA